GCCCGAGCCCCGGGACCGCGCCGCUCGCCUCUCUGGGCCUCGGUUUCCCCAUCUGUUACAAUGAGGCGCCUGCUCUAGCCCAAUGAGCCUAUGAGCGUGGCCCCCCCCAGAAUGGAGCCCCUGAAGAACUUGCUCCUCAAGAGCCCUCUGGGCACCUGGAACGGAGGGGGGCGGGCCGAGGGCGCCCCCAAGACCGCCUACUCCAACCCCGUGUGGACAGCGCUGUUUGACUACGAGGCCAGCGGCCACGACGAGCUGACCCUGCGCAAGGGCGACCGGGUGGAGGUGCUGUCCCGGGACGCGGCCAUCUCCGGGGACGAGGGCUGGUGGGCAGGCAAGGUGGGCGACCAGGUGGGCAUCUUCCCCUCCAACUACGUGUCCCGGGGCAGUCCUCCGCAGCCCGAGGUGGCCCGCUUCCAGGAGCUGCGCCUGGAAGAGGUGAUCGGAGUGGGGGGCUUCGGGAAGGUGUACCGGGGCAGCUGGAGAGGCGAGCUGGUGGCGGUCAAGGCUGCCCGCCAGGACCCCGACGAGGACAUCAGCGUGACUGCCGAAAGCGUCCGCCAAGAGGCUCGCCUCUUUGCCAUGCUGGCGCACCCCAACAUCAUCGCGCUCAAGGCGGUCUGCCUGGAGGAGCCCAACCUGUGCCUGGUGAUGGAGUAUGCCGCUGGAGGGCCCCUCAGCCGGGCGCUGGCUGGCCGCCGGGUGCCCCCUCACGUGUUGGUCAACUGGGGGGUGCAGAUAGCCAGGGGGAUGCACUACCUGCACUGUGAGGCUCUUGUGCCUGUCAUCCACCGGGACCUCAAGUCCAACAACAUCCUGCUGCUGCAGCCUGUGGAGGGGGACGACGUGGAGCACAAGACGCUGAAGAUCACCGAUUUCGGCCUGGCCCGCGAGUGGCACAAGACGACCCAGAUGAGUGCCGCGGGCACCUACGCCUGGAUGGCGCCUGAAGUCAUCAAGGCCUCCACCUUCUCCAAGGGCAGCGACGUCUGGAGCUUUGGGGUGCUGCUGUGGGAGCUGCUGACCGGGGAAGUGCCUUACCGCGGCAUCGACGGCCUGGCCGUGGCCUACGGAGUUGCCGUGAACAAGCUCACCCUGCCCAUCCCCUCCACCUGCCCGGAGCCCUUUGCUCAGCUCAUGGCCGACUGCUGGGCGCAGGACCCCCACCGCCGGCCAGACUUCUCAGCCAUCCUGCAGCAGCUCUCAGCCUUGGAAGCCCAGGUGCUGAGGGAGAUGCCCCGAGACUCCUUCCACUCCAUGCAGGACGGCUGGAAGCGGGAGAUUCAAGGUCUCUUCGAUGAGAUCCGGGCAAAGGAAAAGGAGCUGCUCAGCCGCGAGGAGGAGCUGACCCGAGCGGCGCGGGAGCAGCGCUCCCAGGCCGAGCAGCUGCGCCGGCGCGAGCACCUGCUGGCGCAGUGGGAGCUGGAGGUGUUCGAGCGCGAGCUGACCCUGCUCCUGCAGCAGGUGGACCGAGAGCGGCCGCACGUGCGCCGCCGCCGGGGCACCUUCAAGCGCAGCAAGCUGCGGGCGCGAGACGGCGGCGAGAGGAUCAGCAUGCCUCUCGACUUCAAGCACCGGAUCACCGUGCAGGCCUCUCCUGGCUUGGACAGGAGAAAAAACGUCUUUGAGGUCGGGGCCGGAGACUCGCCCACCUUCCCACGCUUCAGGGCCAUCCAGUGUAAGAGACCCCUGCGCUGGGACCCAGUGGAAGCUGCCGACACAGGGCAGGUUUGGGGACGCCAGUCCCCACGACGCUUGGAAGAGCCGGGAAAUGGGGAGCGCCGGCCGUGCUGGGCCUGGGGGCCUGGGUCCCCUAAGCCAGGGGAGGCUCAGAAUGGGAGGAGGCGGUCCCGAAUGGAUGAGACAACCUGGUACCUGGACUCCAAUGACCCAUCCCCCCUGGGGUCUCCAUCCACCCCCCCCACGCUCAAUGGCGACAUCCGCCCCCCAGAGCCCGAGGAACCACGGCGAGCAGGCCCCUCGGACCGGAGCGGAACCCCCAAGAUCAUCCAGCGUGCCCUGCUCCGGGGGACGGCCCUGCUGGCCUCUCUGGGGCUGGGCCGAGACCUGCAGCAGGCUGGCGGCGGGGCCCGGGACAAGGGAGAUGCCGCCCCCGACGAGGCGCCGGCGUCACCCCCCUCCCCCCUCAUUCGCUUCUCUCCCAAAACUCCAGAUGCCCCGACCUCUCCACUGAGCCCGGAUGCUGAGACGCCUCCCAGCCCCCCGCUGCUUGACCUGGGAACCCCUGGGGGGCAGCCCUCUGCCAAAAGCCCCCGCCGAGAGGAGGCAACGCGGGGUGGGGCUGUCUCCCCCCCUCCUGGGGCCUUCCGUUCCCCUCCCGGCACCCCCCGAUCCCCAAUGCUGGGCCUCAUCGGCAGGCCUCGGCCUUCGCCCCUUCGGAGCCGCAUAGACCCCUGGAGUUUCGUGUCCACUGGACCCCGCCCAUCCCCGCUUCCAUCUCCGCAGCCUACGCCACGCCGAGCCCCUUGGACCCUGUUCCCAGACUCAGACCCCUUCCGGGACCCCCCACCCUUCGACCCUUUUGGGCCAGAGUCCCCCCAGAUCAGGAGAGCUCAGACCAAAGACAUGGGGGGCCAGGCUCCUUGGGGAGCCACAGAACCAGAGGGGAGCCCCUGAGUGAGGGGGGCAAGGCAUACCCCACAGUGAGGUGGGAGCGCCUCAGAGCCUUUCAGGGAGCUGGCCCUGGGGAAGUGGAUGCCCCCCAAGGGGGACCUUCAGCCAGAGGGGGCCCCUCUCCAGGAGCCACUAUAUACACUGGAAACGGAGAAAGGGGCCGGACCCCCAAAAGGCCACUGUAUCCAUGGGGCUGGUGGCCCCUGCCCCACUAUUUCCCUAGUCCCUCUGGAAGGGGCUGAGCAGUCUCUAGGAGCUAGGGCCCUUUCCCAGCUGCCGCAGUUUCUUCUAGAGGCUCCCAGUUCUCCUCUAAGGUGGCCCUUUUUGGGGGGGGGGACACAAGAUGGGAUGAAACCUCCCUUCCCUGGAACACUACGCUGCACCUGAAGCCUUAACACUGGACUGAGGAGAGGCUGGGGUCACCCCUGCCUCUGCAGUCUCUAGGGGACCUCUGAAGCCACCCCCUUGCCCCUCUUCUUCCCCAACUGGGGCUCGACACUGUAACUGGCUGGUUUAGGGGGCACCAGAACCUGUCUCAGGGAAUCACUGUCCGCCCUUCCCCUGGCCCCGGGGCAGGAGGCAGGGAGUGCAAAGCUAUGUGGUCGUGGCCCCUGGGGACGGGGGAGAGAGAGGGCCUGAUGUGUCCAGGGGUGACUGGGCAGUCAUCACCCUCGGGAUGUGUCCCACUGUGUUUCCCCACGCCGGUGGCCCAGAGAGUGUUUGGGACGGGGCCUCAUCCCCUAAGGAGGGCAGGAGCGCACUGCCCACUGCAGCUUGUCAUGUCCUUAGAGAUGGGGACUCCCAGAACACUCCCCCCACCUCCCAGCCCUGGUCUGGAGGUCACAGCCUAGACUCUAGGCCCUAGAGUGCCACUGAAACCAAAUAAACUUCAGCUGUCUACACUG